AUGAAGCUCUCCAAACGUGGCCAAGCGACGGCCGAUAACAAGGGUGGUUCUCUUCUAUGGGAAGUAACGGCAAACCACUGGGAUGCUACAACCAACCCUUCCGGCUAUGUAAGCUUGGGCAUGGCAGAAAACGUCCUUAUGCAAGAUGAGCUGUUGAAGCACAUCGCUGACAACAUCUCCCUUCAACCGCAGACUUUGACCUAUGGCGACGGUACAACUGGUUCAAAACGCUUGAAGCUUGCCCUUGCAUAUUUCCUCAACAAACACUUGAACCCCCAUCAGGAUAUCGAUUUGAAUCACAUCACCAUCACCAACGGCUGUAGUGCAGCUAUCGAACAUAUCGGCUGGGCGGUUGGAGAUCAGGGGGAUGGUUUCCUCAUCACCAGGCCUUUUUUCCGCGCCUUUAUUCCAACCUUUGGCCUUCGCGUUGAUACAGAGGUCAUCCAGGUGCCAUGCCACGGAAUUGACCCCUUUUGCGUCGAUAUCGUCGAAAGAUAUGAGGUCAGGCUACAAGAAGUCAAAGCCAGUGGAAAGAACGUCGCCGGUAUUCUUCUCUGCAACCCCCAUAACCCCCUUGGGCGCUGCUAUUCCAAGGACGCCCUGGUUGAACUCAUGCGAUUUUGUCAAAGACAUCAACUUCACUUGGUUAGCGACGAAGUCUAUGCCUUAUCAACGUGGAAAAACGACGAGUCACAAGCUCCGCCUUUCACCUCUUGUCUAUCCAUAGACCCUACGGGUAUUAUUGACCCGUCUCUUAUAACCGUAGUAUGGGGGGUCUCAAAAGAUUUUGGGUCCAACGGCCUUCGGCUCGGAAGCAUUAUCUCCCAGAACAACCCGUCGUUACACAGCGCACUUGUCCCAGGGGCCUUGUAUAGCAUGAGCUCUUCUCUCGCUGAUCACGCCUUUGCCAAUGUAUUUGAAGACGAUGCUUGGGUUGACAAUUACCUGGCCGAGAACAAGACAAAACUUGAAGAACGUUACAAGUUGAUGACAACGUGGGCAAAAGAGCAUGAUAUCCGUUAUGAAAGGGGGGCAAAUGCAGGCUUCUUCUUGUGGGCUAAUCUCGGAGAGGCCUACUGUCGAAACCAUCCUGAACAAGAUCCUCUGCACGCUGAAGAGCAGGUGAUGGAGCUACUGCUCGAGCGAAAAGUCUUCAUAGCUCCGGGAGCUAGUUUUGGAGCCGAAGCCAAUGGCUGGUUCAGGCUUGUGUUUUCAGUUGACAAAAUAACUCUCUCAGAAGGACUUACUAGAAUUGUUGAUGUUUUAAAGUAG